CAUCCUCUGCCUCGGACCGGCAGUCUCUCCCUCCCAGGAAACACUGCUCGUAAGAAUACAACCAACCAAUCAAUGCUGCAAAAAAAAAAGUCCUAUUCCCAUUAGCCAAUAAAAUAGCGGAGAAGGAGGGUAGGGGGCGGUGCCGUGUUCAAACAAGCUCUGUGAUUAGCAAGUUCUCUAUCAACCUGCGCUAGACCGGGAAGGGCUUGUUAUUAACCAGUGGCGGCAAGAUGGCGUCGCUAGACCGAGUGAAGGUGCUGGUGUUGGGGGACUCAGGUGUUGGGAAAUCUUCACUUGUUCAUCUUUUGUGUCAAAAUCAGGUGUUGGGAAAUCCAUCCUGGACCGUGGGCUGCUCAGUGGAUGUCCGAGUUCAUGACUAUAAGGAAGGAACACCAGAAGAAAAGACCUUCUAUAUUGAAUUGUGGGAUGUUGGAGGGUCAGUGGGCGGUGCCAGCAGCGUGAAAAGCACACGAGCAGUGUUCUUCAACUCCGUAAAUGGCAUUAUUUUAGUCCAUGACUUAACAAAUAAGAAGUCAUCUCAGAAUUUGUAUCGUUGGUCGUUGGAAGCUGUCAACAGAGAUUUGGUCCCAAGUGGAGUCUUAGUUACCAAUGGGGAUUAUGACCGAGAACAAUUUGCUGAUAACCAAAUCCCCCUGUUGGUAAUAGGAACCAAACUGGACCAGAUUCAUGAAGCUAAGCGCAAUGAAGUUCUAACUAGAAUUGCUUUCUUGGCUGAAGAUUUCAAUGCAGAAGAGAUUAAUUUGGACUGCACAAAUCCCCGAUACCUUGCCGCAGGAUCUUCCAAUGCUGUCAAGCUGAGCAGAUUUUUUGAUAAGGUCAUAGAGAAGAGAUAUUUUAUUCGAGAUGGUAACCAGAUGCCUGGCUUUCCCGACCGAAAAAGAUUUGGUGGAGGAGUUCUGAAGAACCUUCAUUAUGACUGAAGUAUACUCAUGCUUUUAAAAAAUGAAAAGGAAGAAACAGAUUUUCUCUGAUGGGCUCCAGGGACAAUAUAUUGGCUGUUAGAAUGUCCAGACUUUUGUGCAUCUAUCUUAAACAUUCUUUUCUUCAUACUCCCCCACUAAUCAAAAAAUAAAGGGAAAUGAUAAUAGGGGUUAUUUGUAAGUAUGGACACCUUUCUUCCUUCUCUAUCCCUGGCUUCUGUGGAUUGUACAGCCACGUAGAAAUAGAAGAUAGUAUCAGGUUUAAGCACCAAGCCGCAAUGACUUGGCAAGACAGUGAAAAUUCACUCUUGACCAAUACAGAAUGUCUCAUCUAACCUUAAGUAUAUUUUCAAAUGGGUGCCUAUUGUUCUAAACCCUUAAGAGGAGAGGUUAUAUUAGCCAGUCCUUAAGUUGUUUUUAGUAGCUAGCUUUCAUUAACUUUUUGUCACUUUCAAAGAGAAAAAUCAGAAUUAAUUAUGCCUCCACCCCAGUCACAUACUGUUCACAAUAGUAGUCUUAUCUGCUGCCCCUCCUCUUCCUCACAAAUGGCUCAGUGACUAGGAGAGGCAGAGUAAGAGUUGCAGUUAAAUAGAAAUACAAAUUAAUAAUAGAUGGGCAGCAACAGUAGCAGAAAAAAAAAUUUAAAACAAAUUGGUCAGAAGUUGGCAGCUCCCUGACUCCUGCAAUCAUUGAGCUCUACCUGACUGCGGUCCUCACUGAAACCUCCUUGGGAAAAAGCAAGGAGCAUUUGUAGGCCAGUGGGGAGGGUGGGGAGAGCCAGUGAGUGACUUACAGCCCCUUCACUUAUUUAUUUGAAGUAAAAUUCAGCUCUGGAAGAGUAAAUCUUAGUUCACUCACAUGUUUUUGGAAUGUUAUUCUUGAUGCCAGCAAUGGAGGAUUCAAUGUGAAAGGAGUAAAAAUAGGCUUUGCAGCCACACAUUCACUAGAAGUAGGUAUGAAUUAUGGAACAGGAUUCUUGACUUUCUUGGUGGUCCAAUAAUUGGUUUAGGAUCAUGUCAGUUUUUUGCACAGCCUUCCUUUUUUGAUUUUUGCCCAUCAUUUUUCCUUGUUACAGUGAAUCGCAGUUUUGCUGCCUUCCUCAGAAUCUCCCCUUGAUUGACCCUCUGUCCUCUCCCCUCCUCCAGUGUUCAUCGCAGAUUCAAUUAUUUCCUCCCUCUCCCCCCCAUCUCUCUCCAUGAUUUUUUAAUUAAGUUCCCACCUCACAGCUUCUUUUCCUCAUUGUAAAAAUAAAGCAUUCACACUCCA